CCGAUCCACACGACGGACCAAGUCCGCGGGCCGAUCGGUCACGUGAUGCGACGUCAUGGCCCGGCGCGGUCCGGUCCGGCGCAGAGCACAUCCACACGGCGGACCGCGAUAGCAGACGGCGGAGCAGAUCAACCAGCUACACUCUCGGCCGCAGUGCUCGCGACUCAACAAAUUCGCAAAACCAUGCCAACCCCUCGCGCUCAUGCUGCACAUGUAUCGCGAAUAGAAGUCGUCGAAAUGGAGGCGGAGCAGAAACGUCGUUUGGCCGCUAUGGCGUUGGCUCUUUGCGUGGACGAAGAAGAUUACUACCCUGCCCCGAAAAGGUCGUGUUGGGUGAAGGAUUGGAUGUGCAGGAAGGAGCUCGGCCUGCAGAACCAACUCUUCAAAGAGCUGGUAGUGUCCGACCCUUCUGAGUACAGACGGCUCCGGCGCGUCAGCCGGGAGCAGUUCGCGGAACUUCUCGCGCGCAUGGGGCCUAGGAUAGCACGGAAGACGACUGUCAUGCGCCAGCCGAUACAGCCGGCGACGAAGCUGCAAGCAACGCUGCGUUACCUUGCAUCUGGUGAGAGCCACCAUUCCCUAAGUCGCCAGUUCAGAGUCGGGCACUCCACCGCCAACGAUUUCAUUCCCGAAACAUGUUCGGCUAUCUAUCAUAAGCUAAGCAAAGAUUAUAUAAAGUCACCAAAAACAGUUGAAGAUUGGCGGUACAUUAUUAGGGGGUUUGACGAAAAUUGGCAAUUUCCAAACUGUGGGGGGGCAAUAGAUGGGAAUCAUGUCUGCAUAACCAAACCAGCCAACUCUGGGUCCCUUUACUUUAACUAUAAAAAGUCGUUCAGCAUAAUUCUUCUGGCAGUUGUGGAUGCAAAUUAUAAAUUUACCUACAUUGACGUUGGUGUGCCCGGUGCUCGAGGCGACGCAGGAGUAUGGCAGACCACGCCCCUGCAGGAGGCAUUGGAAGGCAACAGAGCAAACUUGCCAGACCAUGUGGAAGUUGGACCAGGUCUAUUCCUACCCCCCGUGUUUGUGGCCGACCACGCAUUUCCAAUCGGGAAGAACCUGAUGAAGCCGUAUGGAGGUAGCAGCCUGUCGGGUGAUCAGCGGAUCUUUAAUUACAGGUUGUCCAGAGCAAGACGGGUUGUGGAGAACGCGUUCGGUAUACUGGCCAAUCGCUUUCGCUUUCUUCUCACUACAAUAAAUGCAGGGCCUGAAAGAGUUGUCCCCAUGGUGAAGGCAGCAUGUGUGCUACAUAACUACCUUGGCAACGACAUGAGCACAUUUCCUGACUCGGGGCCCGAAGAUAGUAGGGAGCAAAUAUUUUUUGGCCUACGAGCUACACGCGGACGUGUAAACGCAUUUGGUGCCAGGGUCCGUGAGGACAUGCGGGACUACUUGAACGGCCAAGGUGUUGUGCCGUGGCAGAGGGCAUCUGCAUAUGUUGAUGAGUAGGAAUAAAAUGAACAUUUGCACACACAUUUAUUUACAUUGUCAGAAAUUUUUCAACUGUGUCCAGAAUUUCUUUCUGGCACUGCGAGAAGCGUAAUGGCAUCAUUACUCUGGAUCACAUGCUUUGGCAGUGUCCUGUGACUUUCACAGACUGUGUCAAGGAGAGAGACUGGUGGCGGCGAGUCCUACACAGUGGAGUUCUUUCCGAUCAAGUACAGGCCGUCCAGAAGGCCCAUGAUACGGCGGUAAGGUUAAACCUUACUGUCCCGACGUGGGAGCCGCCUGCGUCAACCUAAGGGUUGAUCUUCAGGACAUUAAAUAAAGUUCAUCGUACCAUACCAUACCAUACUGCACCUGCUUCACAGCGUCCAGCUGCCUCAUAUGAGCCGCAAUCGUUUUGGCAAAGAAAAAAGAGGCGUCGUUUGGCUCGGACGGUUGCUGCAUGGCUGAGGCAAUACUGUGCAAAACUGCCUGCCUCUGGACCCAGUCCUCGCUUGACGGCCCCGAUGAGCGUAACUGCCUCGGUCGUUUUGUGCUGAGUGUGGGCGGCGACUCGACUCUUCUCGACGUGGUUGGGGAGAUGGUGCUCGAGCUUUCCUCCAGCAUCACGGACAGCUCCCCUUCUUCCCCACCACUCUGUUCUGCAGGUGCCAGGAGAUCUCGGUUGUGGUGAGGCUGAAAUGAACAAUUUCACAGUUGGCAUGAAAUAAGUUGCCGCCUUGUUUCGGUUUGAAUCCUGGCAUUCACAAACGAUACGUCGAAGCAACUGAAAAUUGCUGCAUGCGUCCGGGGCUAUAGCACUUACUUGUCAGGUCUAUGUGCCGAAGUCGCAUAAUUAUGGAAACGUUAGAAUUUCUGUAAUUCUAAAUGCAAAAAAAAAAAAAAAAUGAAACAGCCAGCUUGCGACAAAUGUCGCUGCCCUAUUUACAACUCAGUGAAGCAAAAGCCAUGGUCUAAACAGCGCAGCAUAUUGCAAUGUUUGUGCCUCAGCCUGCAAUAUACGCACAGUAAAUAAGGCAUUUUUUCCAAGUUGCAAUUGCAUUCUCCACAGUUUGUGUAGUGAAAUAGGCGAAGAAUCCUCCUUUGUACAAGUGAACGUCUGCCUGACGGUUUGCUGCAAACUCUUUUCUGUGUGUCUCGUCAAAAUAUUGCGCAAUCCAACCUCUGAUAUUCUA